AUGAACUCGGACGACGAAGGUCCCCGCACCGGCGGAGGCGGAGACGACGAGGUCGCCCUCCCCAAGUCGACCAUCAACAAGCUCAUCGCAGAGUCGCUCCCUGCGGGCUUCUCCGCUGCGAAGGAGGUGAAGGAUCUCAUGGCAGAGUGUUGCAAGGAGUUCCUGUUGGCCGUCUCGUCCGAGGCGAACGAGAUCUGCGAAAAGGACUCGAAGAAGACGAUGUUGCCGGACCACAUCCUCUCGGCUCUCAAGGCCCUCGGUUUUGAGGAAUUUGUUUCCGGCGUCGAGGACGUUUUGGCGGACCACAAGGAAGGUGAGAAGGCUAAGAAGGCGAAGAAAGCAGCCGGGAACGGUAUGACGGAGGAGGAGAUGCUCAGGAUACAAGAGGAGCUGUUCGCCAAGUCGCGCGCGAGGAUGGUUGCGGGCGAGGGAGCGGCUCCUGCAGCGCCGGGCGAAGGCGAAGGAGAGGCGAAGGAGGAGAAGCAGGAGGAGUGA